AGUGAGCGAGAAGGUUGGAGGAGCAGAAGGAACAAAGCAUGAUGAGGACUUCACCGAGAUGGAAAAGAGGGUGGAUUCUACGGCUCGAGCGGUGCUGGACAUCAUGACAAAGACCACAGAGUACCUGCAGCCAAACCCAGCCACCAGAGCCAAGAUGACCAUGAUGAACUCCAUGUCUCGUAUGCGAGGCCAGGAGAAAGGGCCGGGCUACACGCAGACCGAGACCAUGCUGGGAGAGUCCAUGCAGAGGUUUGGACGGGAGCUCGGAGAGGAGUCCACCUUUGGUGUUGCUCUGAUUGACGUUGGCGAAGCCAUGCGUGAGCUAGGUGAGGUCAAGGACGCUCUGGACAUGGAGGUAAAGCAGAACUUCAUCGAUCCAAUGCAAAACCUCCAUGAAAAAGACAUCAAGGAGAUUCAGCAUCACCUGAAGAAACUGGAAGGCCGCCGCCUAGACUUUGACUAUAAGAAGAAACGUCAGGGCAAAGUGACGGAUGACGAGAUCAAACAAGCGCUGGAGAAAUUUGAUGACUCCAAGGAGAUUGCUGAGCAGAGCAUGUUCAACUUGUUGGAGAGUGACAUUGAACAGGUGAGCCAGCUGGCGGCGUUAGUCCACGCCCAGGUGCAGUAUCACACCCGGGCAGCUGAAAUCCUCACGCAGCUCUCCAGUAAAAUUGAUGAACGGAUAAGGGACACCUCUGUCAAACCCAGGAAGGAGUUUGUCCCAAAACCACGAACGUCUCUGGAGUUGUGCAUCAGUGAGAACCUCAACGGGGGCAUCCACGGAGCUCGUUCUCCAGGCGCCAGGUCUCCAGCAAGGUCUCCAGGGGACAGCAGCUUGCAGAGACAGUCCCAGAGACCAGAAAUGGUCCCUUCUGCCGGACAGUUAAUGGAGGCUAUGCGCGUGAAGAUGAAGGAGAGGAAAGUGCUGACAGAAGAGCUGGCCGCUCUCGCAGCACCAGUCAGCGAAAAUCCCUGA